AAGUUGGAAAAAAGAAAAAGAAAAAAAAAGAGAGGAGCAAUCUUCUUCCUCUUACAACUUCGCAUUUCCCUCUCAUCUUCCUCUCCCUCUUCCCAUCCUCUCAAAUUCUCUCUCCUCCCAAAACCCCCUUCUCGAAACCUCUCAGAAUUCCCAUCCUCAAUUCCAGAUUUUCAUAAUUUUUCUCUCAUUAUCCAUUUUAUCCCCCUUCAAUUGCACCCUAUUUAUCAUUUCCCCCCAAUUGGCAAGAAAACCCUAGCUCCAAUUCCACACACUUCUUCCUUCCGUGAUUCUUCUUCUCCUUCUUCUUCUCACACAUCUUUCUGUUUUCCUAUCGAAUCUAAUUCUUUUCGUGCUCAGAUCUUUUCAUGAAAGCCCUUUCAAAUUGGGCGAACGAUUUUUUCUCAGUUUGAAUUUCUUUUAGUUCGUAUAAUCGGCUAGGUUUUGUUGUUGAUCGCGUUGUUGUUGAUUUGUUUGUUUUUUCUGCAUUUUUUCCCCUGGGUUUGGAAUUUAAAGGAGAAAGAAAAAGAGAAGAAAUGAGUAAUCAGAGGAGGAAGCCGUUUCAGAUAGAGGCGUUUAAGCACAAGGUUGUAUUGGAUCCGAAAUAUGCUGAUAAGACUUGGAUGAUAUUGGAGCAUGCUAUCCAUGAGAUUUACAAUCAUAAUGCUAGUGGCCUUAGCUUUGAGGAGCUUUACAGAAAUGCUUACAACAUGGUUCUCCACAAAUAUGGUGAGAAGCUAUAUUCAGGUCUUGUGACCACAAUGACUUCACAUUUGAAAGAAAUUUCGAAAUCCGUAGAAUCUGCUCAAGGAGACGCUUUUCUUGAAGAGCUGAACCGAAAAUGGGCAGAGCAUAACAAAGCUUUGCAGAUGAUUCGAGACAUACUGAUGUACAUGGACAGAACUUUUGUUCCCAGCACUCACAAAAUUCCAGUAUACGAUCUUGGACUGAACUUGUGGAGAGAUAAUGUUAUCCAUGCCAGCAGUAUUCAGACAAGGCUUCUAAACACUUUGCUUGAUUUAAUUCAGAAAGAGAGAACUGGGGAAGUUAUAAACAGGGGGUUGAUGAGAAACAUAAUCAAGAUGUUAAUGGAUUUAGGGUCGUCUGUUUAUCAAGAGGACUUUGAGAGGUCAUUUCUUGACGUUUCUGCUAAUUUUUACCGUGUUGAGUCUCAGCAGUUCAUUGAGUGCUGUGAUUGCGGUGAUUACCUAAAAAAAGCUGAGAGACGUCUGAAUGAAGAAAUAGAGAGGGUUUCACAUUAUUUGGAUGUUAAGAGUGAAGUCAAGAUAACAAAGGUGGUGGAGAAGGAGAUGAUUGCUAACCACAUGCCAAGGUUGGUUCACAUGGAGAACUCAGGCCUAGUGAAUAUGCUUCUUGAUGAUAAGUAUGAAGACCUGGGAAGAAUGUACAAUUUAUUCCGUCGGGUUGACAACGGUCUCAUUACUGUUCGUGAUGUGAUGACUUCUCACAUCAGAGAGACUGGUAAGCAGCUUGUUACUGAUCCAGAAAGGGUGAAAGAUCCUGUAGAGUUUGUUCAACGUCUUUUGGAUGAGAAAGAUAAGUAUGAUAAAAUUAUAAGCUUGGCAUUCAACAAUGACAAGACUUUCCAGAAUGCUUUGAAUUCUUCAUUUGAGUACUUCAUCAAUUUGAAUGCCCGUUCUCCAGAGUUUAUCUCUCUGUUUGUGGAUGACAAACUUCGUAAAGGUCUCAAGGGAGUUAGCGAAGAGGAUGUGGAGGUUGUACUGGAUAAGGUGAUGAUGCUUUUCAGGUAUCUGCAGGAGAAAGAUGUGUUUGAGAAGUACUAUAAACAGCACUUGGCUAAGAGACUGUUGUCCGGUAAGACUGUCUCUGAUGAUGCGGAGAGAAGCCUAAUUGUGAAGCUUAAGACAGAGUGUGGUUAUCAGUUUACUUCAAAGCUAGAGGGUAUGUUUACCGAUAUGAAAACUUCUCAGGAUACAAUACAAGGAUUUUAUGCAAAUCAUGGUGCUGAGCUAGGGGAAGGACCUACACUGGUUGUGCAGGUUUUAACAACUGGGUCCUGGCCCACUCAACCAAGUAUUCCCUGCAACCUUCCUGCUGAGCUGUCAUUACUUUGUGAAAAAUUCCGCUCGUACUAUCUUGGAACACAUACUGGUAGAAGAUUGUCCUGGCAAACUAAUAUGGGUACAGCUGAUAUAAAAGCAACAUUCAGCAAGGGUCAGAAGCAUGAGCUGAAUGUCUCAACCUUCCAAAUGUGCGUACUUAUGCUAUUCAAUAAUACUGAUAGACUUAGUUACCGGGAGAUUGAACAGGCCACUGAGAUUCCUGCACCAGAGCUGAAGAGGUGUUUGCAAUCGCUGGCUUGUGUCAAGGGAAAGAAUGUCCUUCGAAAAGAGCCCAUGAGCAAAGACAUUGGUGAGAAUGAUGAUUUCUUGUUUAAUGACAAGUUUUCAAGCAAAUUUUACAAGGUGAAGAUAGGAACAGUAGUUGCACAAAAAGAAUCAGAACCUGAGAAACAGGAAACAAGACAAAGGGUGGAGGAAGAUAGAAAACCUCAGAUUGAGGCUGCAGUAGUGAGAAUAAUGAAAUCCAGAAAAGUACUAGAUCAUAACAAUAUUAUUGCAGAGGUCACAAAGCAGUUGCAGUCCCGUUUCCUGCCAAACCCAGUGGAGAUUAAGAAGCGUAUUGAGUCACUCAUUGAACGUGAAUUCUUGGAGAGAGAUGGUGUUGACAGGAAGUUGUAUCGCUACCUUGCUUAAGUAGGGGAUCAGUUUUCAACUAGUGGUUUUUUCUUGUUUAGUGCUGAAAACUGGGAAUUGAAUCAUGUACUUUAAAAUUGCUCUUGAAUUCCUUCAGCUCACGGAGUUUUUUCAAGGUAUCCUUCAAAGUUAGGUAUCCCUUUUACAUACUCUUCUAGUCUCUUUAUUCUCUAGCAGGAAAAUUUACUGGUUCAGGAAGUUGAUGAAGACAACCCACUUCAAAACACAAUGUGGAGGCUUGACUCACAGACAGUACGUCUCCAAAGAUUCACAACCCUAUCUUCUAUGGCAAGUUAUUUAAGGGGAUUAUUCAUUUCAUAGCUGUACUUUUCUUUACUUUCCUAGAUGUUGAUGCUUCAAUCAUGUUAAGAGCUGUUUUGAUUUGUAUAGUCUGGUUUGUUUAUGUCGUGCGCGUAUUGCAAUCUGUUAGCUUGCUGUAUGCUAUUCAAUUUGUGCUCUUCGUGGGGCACCAUAAUGCUUAAAGUUUAAUUCAA